CGUUAAUAAUACCGACGCAGACAACCCGUUCGAACGCGACCGGGGCUCUGGCCAUAAGACUAUGGCCAGAAAUGGCGAAAUUAGAGGUCAAAAAAGUCAGAAAACAAAACCCGAAAGGCCCGAAAGGCCCGAAAAGCCAGAAAGACCCGAAAGGCCCGAAAGGCAGAGAAAAACUACCUCAUCCGGAUCAAAUGUGGGGUUUUUCAAAAAAGAUGUCUGUGUCGACUUUCGUGACUCCAACGUCCAAGUGGUGAUGGUCCUGGGCCUCUUAGCUAUCAUGGUAUUAGCUCUAUGGUACGGAUUCACACAAGGAUGCUUUAGACCUAGCCCUGCUUUAGAGGAAGUUAGACCACCAGAACGAGAACGACGACGGACGGGUAGUAGUCGCGGAAAUCUCAUCGUUGUCAGGUGCAGAGAUAACGAAGGUUAAGAUAUGUAUGGGCUAAAUAUGUAUCGGCGUUUGGAAGAGGCAACGGUGUAUACCCAACGCGAAGAUAAAUAUCUCCUCAUCACCACCAUUACAAAAAAGUGCUUCCUACUAAAUAAAGUUACCAAGGGUACACCAGCAAUGUAGCAGACGAAUUUCAUAUUGCUUUAUCGGAACGUUUUGUAAUAAAUAUUGUAAACGUUCCUUUUUUUAGCUUAGAACACAUAUCAUCUCUCCACUAUUAAUAUAAAAUUAUAAUGUAAGCUAGUGGCAUUUUUUAAUUAUUUCACUAUAGGCCUG